AUGACACACAAUGUGUACUGGUGUGCACUUCUCAGUGCUGUUCUGAUAGUCAUUUUCUAUCUAUCUCAGUCUUUCCAUUAUCUAUCUAUCUAUCUAUCUAUCUUGUCUUUUCAUUAUCUAUCUAUCUAUCUAUCUAUAGUAAAAGAAGAUAACGGUACGGUCCCUUGCAGGGGAGUUAACUCUUUUUGUCAACACGAUCUCACGUGUAAAAAUCUCGUUGAUGGAAGGAUUUUGACUGGUGAUGCUCGUAAUAUAACACAGUCUGUAAUUAUGAAGAUCAUUCGAAACAAGCGGGUUAAAAAGAUUCUGGCUUUUUACCGGAAUUACUUUGAAUUUCGAACACCUUACCAAGUCUUGAUUGAUGGCACUUUCUCUCUGGCUGCUCUAAACUUUCACAUUAAGUUAGAUGAACAAGUUGCCAAAUUAUUUGAAGCAGAAGUCAAACUUUGUACAACAUCUUGCAUCAUCUCAGAGUCCGAAGCAUUGAAAAAAAUUCUUCCGGGACCUCUUCAAAUUUUGCAUCGAUGCCAUGUCAGUAAAUGCCAUCAUAAAAAUAAACCUGUGUCUGCUACAGAAUGUCUACUGUCUAUGGUGAAAUCAAAUAAUUCUCGUCAUUAUAUUGUUGCCACUCAGGAUAAGAAUCUUCAGAAGUCUCUGCAUGAAAUUCCUGGUGUUCCAGUGAUGUUUAUUGAUCGAACUCUUUGUCUUGAAUCUCCAUCUGAGGUUUCUCGCCGUGUUGAGUUUACUGUUGACAUUAAAGUCAGCGUCAAUGAAUUGCAACGUUACCUCAGCUUGAGAGUUGUGAAUGUCUAUGAUGUCGAUCAUAAAACGUACUUAAUAAAACUGGCACUGCCAGACAAAAAGGCAGUUCUGGUGAUUGAAUCUGGUGUUCGCAUUCACAGUACAGAAUUUGAAUGGCCUAAACAUGCCGCACCAUCUGGGUUUGCUAUGAAGCUGAGGAAACACAUACGUGGGAGACGUCUGGAAUCAAUCCGACAGUUGGGCAUUGAUCGAAUUAUUGAUUUGCAAUUUGGCUCUGCGGAUGCUGCUUACCAUGUGAUUUUGGAGUUGUAUGAUCGAGGUAAUAUUGCCUUGACUGAUCAUGAAUACACGAUCUUGAAUAUCCUUCGACCUCGUUCAGAUGAAAGUCAAGAUGUGAAGCUCAUUGUUCGACAAAAGUAUCCACUUGACAUUGCUAAAGAUGCAAGCCAAAUUGUUUCUGAAAAGAUUCGUGAGCUUUUACUAUCAGCUAAAGAUGGAGACCAAAUGAAAAGGAUACUCCUUCCAGCAACAGAUUUUGGUCCUGCCAUCAUAGAACAUUCUCUUUUAGAAGCUGGUUUUCCAGAUAAUAUUAAAUUAAAUAAAGGGUUCAAUAUAAAUACAGAUUUUGAGAAACUUAUGGUUGCCCUUCAAAAGGCUUCUGAAUUAUUUGAAAAAAUAGUUACCGGACCUAAUAAGGGUUACAUUAUUCAGAAAAGGGAUGUGCGACCCACCACUAAAAAUGAAGGUGAUAAAGAACUUUUAACUUAUGAUGAAUUCCAUCCUUACCUUUUUUCUCAGUAUGCAAAUAAGCCUCACAUUGAACUUGAAAUGUUUGACAAGGCUGUGGAUGAGUUUUUCUCCAAGUUAGAAACUCAGAAGAUUGAUAUGAAGAUAUUACAACAGGAAAAAAUGGCUGUGAAGAAAUUGGAAAAUGUCAAGAAAGAUCAUGAAAAGAGAAUGCAAGAAUUGCAAAAAGCUCAGGAAUCUGACACAGUGAAAGGACAAUUCAUUGAGUAUAAUUUAACCUUGGUCGAUCAAGCGCUAACAGUUGUUCGCAGUGCUGUGGCCAAUCAGAUCAACUGGUCGGAAAUCAAUGAAUUAGUCAAACAGGCACAAGCCCAUGGUGACCCUGUGGCUUUGGCCAUUAAAGCUCUCAAACUUAACACCAAUCACAUUACAAUGCUUCUCAGUGACCCAUAUAUUGAUAGUGAUGAAGAGGAGGAAGAAGAUCAUCCCAAAAGUAUUUUGGUGGAUAUUGAUCUUGGACUUAGUGCCUAUGCGAACUCAAAAAAGUAUUUUGAUAAGAAAAAACAAGCAGCAAAAAAAGAACAGAAAACAAUUGACGCUUCAGCAAAGGCUUUGAAAUCAGCUGAAAGAAAAACGAAAGAGACAUUGAAGAAUGUUGCAACGGCAGCAACCAUAAACAAAACCAGAAAAACCUACUGGUUUGAGAAAUUCUUGUGGUUUAUCAGUUCGGAAAAUUACGUGGUGGUUGGGGGACGAGAUCAGCAGCAGAAUGAAAUGGUGGUUAAACGUUAUAUGAGGCCAGGUGAUAUUUAUGUUCAUGCUGAUCUUCAUGGAGCAAGCAGUGUUAUCAUAAAAAACCCAUCAGGUGAUCCAGUACCUCCCAAAACAUUGAAUGAAGCAGGAGGUAUGGCCAUUUGUAACAGUGCUGCUUGGGAUGCUAAAGUGGUUACCAGUGCCUGGUGGGUCUAUCAUGAUCAAGUGUCAAAGACAGCCCCAACUGGAGAAUACUUAACUACUGGAAGUUUUAUGAUUAGAGGUAAAAAGAACUAUUUACCUCCAUCUCACCUGAUUUACGGAUUUGGGCUCCUUUUUAAGCUGGAAGAUGGCAGUGUGUUUCGUCAUGCUGGGGAGCGUAAGGUUCGAGGAAUUGAAGAGGAGAGUUUAACCACAGUGGAAGAGGGGGAUUCCAGCUCUGGUGUCAGUGACUAUAACUCCAAGACCAAGGAAGAAUCUGCCAAUGAAGGAGAGUCGAACAAAGAAAAUUCUUCUGACUCUGAAGAAGAGGAAGAAGAAGAGGAGGAGGAGGAGGAGGAGGAGGAGGAAGAGGAGGAAACAGUUCAUGAGAAUAAUGGUAUCCUACCAGAACCACAGAAUAUCAAAAAGGAGGGUCCAAUUCCAAAGAAGAAUGACAUCACUGAGAAAAAUGUAGAAGAAUUUGCAUUUCCUGAUACAAGUAUUAAUUUGGAUUUCAGUGGUGAAAAGCUCAUGGUUCGUAAAAACCAAACAGAGAAGCAGAGUAACAGUUUCAUUACAAAUGACAAAGAAGAAUUGAAACAAGAAGCUGAAAACAAAGGUGGCAGGUUAUCGGCUAAAAUGAGGAGGGAUCUGAAAAAAAGUCGAAAGAAAGGAGUGACGAUUGAUGAAUUCCUGAAACAGAAGGAGCAGUCUGUGGAUGAAUUCUCAAGAAAAUCUGAGAAAGACGAAGAACAAAAUGCAGAAAAUGAAAAUGAAAAUGAAAAUAUACAAACAAACCUGUCACAGCCUUCACAGCAACCUUUGAAAAGAGGAAAGAGAAAUAAAUUGAAAAAGAUGAAGGAGAAAUACAAAGAGCAGGAUGAAGAAGAGCGUCUACUUAGGAUGGAGAUUCUGGCGUCUGCUGGCCCAGCCAAGGAAGAAAAGAAAAAGAAAGGUAAAAAAGACAAAAAACCACAGACAGAAAUCAAAAUGCGUGGCCAUAUUCCUGAUAAGUUAAAGAUCUCUUCAGAUAAAGGUGCCAAAGAGCAGAGUGAUGGAAUGGUUGUAUCAGGUGAUGGCCAAUUUCCAAAUUCAAAGCUUGGCAAAGAUAAUGAUAUGAAACAGGAAGAAGAGUCAGACGAUGAAAAACCAGAUGAAGAUGACCUGUCUCAUCAAAUAGUUGAUACACAGAUUCUUGAUUCGCUAACUGGCUGUCCUGUGAGUGAAGAUGAAUUGCUGUAUGCUGUCUGUAUGGUUGCUCCAUACAAUUCUAUUGUGAAUUACAAAUACAAAGUUAAAUUACUUCCAGGAACAACGAAACGUGGCAAAGCUGCUAAAACAGCUAUUGCAAAUUUUCUGCAUGACAAAAGUGCAUCAAGUCGAGAAAAGGAUUUAAUAAAAAUCCUAAAAGACAGUGAUAUUUCUCGAAACAUUCCUGGCAAGGUGAAAUUAGCGGCACCUAAUUUGUUGAAAAACAAGAAAAAGAAGUGA